GCUUCAGUGCAGCUUUGCUUACUUUACUUUCAGUGAAGUUUAUUUCAUAUUCACAGUUUAUCCCACAUCACCACACGGGUUAUUUCUUCUUAGAUUAUAACAUAGUAUAAAUGCUAAACGUGUGGGGUUUGAGUGAUGAGAGCUGUUUGUGAUGGUUAGUUCAAUGAACGUCGACAGCUUACUUUACGGCAAACAAGAGGAGCUCCAGGUUAAACAGUCGCCAUGCGAGUGAAAAUACUGCAUGAUUAAACCAUUUGAUUGUGUUUUUGGAAAAAAAUAGACUAAUUGCCAGCCAGAGUCCUUAUUUGACCUUAUUACUACUGACCUGCUAAGUUAAAGCUCAUCAGGGAACAGAUUACAUUUGUUUGUCCGAUGUUUGUUGGCUAACACUAGUGCGCAAAGCUAUUCCUAUAAGUUAGGCAUAUCUUUAAAUAUUUAACUGAGUAAAAAGGUGCACGAACCUCACCUAGACAUGGAUAAGGAGCCAUCAGGACCAUCUAGCCCAGGCUCAAGAAGUGCAGGAGGCUUCGGUCUGUUUGGAUCUGCUGGCCCUCAGUAUUCAAAGACUGAGCUCGCUGGAGUGCCAUUGACAAGCAUGAGUCCUCUCUCUCCAUACCUUAAUGUGGACCCCAGGUAUCUCAUACAGAAUACAGAUGAGUUCAUUUUACCCACUGGAGCAAACAAAACGAGAGGACGCUUUGAACUGGCCUUUUUUACUAUCGGCGGAUGUUGUAUCACAGGUGCUGUUUUUGGGGCUGUAAAUGGACUUAGAAUGGGCUUGUCUGAAACCAGAAACAUGGCUUGGUCCAAACCUCGCAAUGUACAGAUCCUGAAUAUGGUGACCCGCCAAGGUGCCACAUGGGCAAAUACAUUGGGUUCAUUAGCUCUGCUGUACAGUGCGUUUGGGGUGAUCAUAGAGAAAGCCAGAGGGGCAGAGGACGACCUCAACACGAUUGCUGCAGGAACCCUGACUGGUGUCCUCUACAAAUCUCCAGGAGGUUUGCGGGGCGCAGCGCGGGGCGGUUUGGUUGGGCUCACGCUUUCUGGACUCUAUGCUUUCUACAAUAACUGGGACCAUCUGAAGGGAAGCUCUCCUACCCGCUACUGAAGCUUCUCUCAAGACAACAACAAAUGAAUCCACAAAUUGGCAAUUUUGUUUCUUUCUAAAUUCAAUGUCCAUUAACUUUAAACGAACCGCACUUUGAGGCUUCAGAUGCAUGACAAUCUCCUAAAAAUAUAUAGUUUGAUAUAUGAGCAAUGUUUGAAACUAUUAAAACUUAUUUUAGACAAAAGUUGAAUUUAGUGUCCAUUAACGUAACGGAUAGAUUAUCAGAUGUGUAUAUAUAACCCAUAAUGGCUUUAGUACCAACUAGUGCAGCAAGUCGUUGCUUGUUUUCAGCAGGCAUGCAAAACUGCAGUCUGUAAUUGAGUUUAAAACGCGUGUUUGAACGAAACAAAACGUCGCAGUAGAAACAGAUAAUGAGUGUUUACACAAAUUCAUUGCUAUAUCAUUUAGUAAUUAUGAAUGUAUGAAAUGAUACUUGGGCACAUUGCCAGCACUGAGUUAACGGACACCAGAAUGUAUGUGUAACUAGAAGUAAACGUUUAUCAAUUCUGUUAAAAGGUAAAUAAAUCUGUGCUAUAAAAAUGGGUUUCUUUUACAUUUGUGUGUUCUGCUGAGAUGUUGAAAUGAGGUUUAUAUGACCUCGAAUCACUCCAUGACUUUUUUUUUUUUGUCUAGGUUCCUCUUUCUGUGAGAAUAAACUGGUAUUUUUUGUUAGGAAACAGAAACUUGAAAUCAGUGACUUUAUGUACUUUUAUUUAUUCAGUUGACAAGGAUCAAAGCAUUAGAGAUCAUGUAAGCAAUAUUUGCGAUUAACCUACAUGUGCAAUACUGCAGUCCAACACUGGCACAUGCUGACAGAAAAAAAGACAGAUUUCUGCACUGUUAAUAUUUAUGUACCAAGUCGUUGGUCCAGUACUAAGUGAAAGAUUGGUACACGAGACAACGUUAUGAUUAAAUUGAAUUUUCUGUCUAAAGGAAGCAGUUUAAUUUUUGAACCAGUUUCACCUGUAGCCUUUGCUCUGCGAGUGCAAAGUAUAAAUCUUGUCUUAUAUGUUGACACGGUGGUUCACAGCAGAGGCAGUGGUUACUAUAUGAGCAAUUCAACUGAAAAAGAACUAUAGUGAUUCUAUGCUAAACAUUUACCAACACUCUGAGCCUAACACAAAGACCACUCAACAAACAUCGGCUGCUGUAGCCCAAGACACAGCAGAAAUGGUGAACUUUGGUGGACUGAUUUCCACACAUACAGGAGGUGGACUGACAGCAAGCAUUGCUACACAUUCGAUAUCAGGCACGAGUUAACAGAUUUCUUGAGGUUCCAAUAACAGAAGUUAUGCUAUGCUUACCUGGCGUUUUAUAUGCCACUAAAGUUUAUAAUAUAAUCAUUGAAAUAAGGUAAAAUAAACGGCAAAGGAAGCUCAUUCGAUACUUGAGAAAAUAGUAAAAUUCUAUAUAAAUAUAUAUUCACAGAACUGAUGAUGGAGGAAAUCAUUCUCUGCUUUAGAGCAUGUUUUCCUCCAUAUGUGCAGGACUGAGUUUUGGAAAAUGAAUACAAAAUGCUGUAACUGUGCGUGAUUAAAAUUAAUAUAGAUUUAUGUUUUCAUUUCAGUUUAUUUUAUUCCAACCCCCACCCCCACUAUGCCUCCAUAGGG